AUGCUUCGACCCCAGUGGUUCGACACAGAAGGAAAUGGGACAGGGCUGAAGACCCAGCAUAAUGCGGAUCGCAGGGCGAGGGAGCUUUACCGUUACUACCAGCCUGCUGGACCAGUUGGCGUAAUCCCGUCUUGGCUUGCUAAGGACGAAUGCUUAUCGUCGCCGAACUCAAAUGCAUCGUCUCAAGUCAACACACCUCCGAUUCGAGAUGGGUCGUGCGGUUCAAAUAGCAGCACCACAUCCGGCCCUUCGACAGCGAUGGGCCCAGAGGCUCUGGUUUUGGGAACAUCGAACAAUACUUUGAUCUCUUUUGCGCAACUGGCGGCAUUGCGCUUGAAUGUUGAGCGCGCGUUCAUAUGCGUUCUUGACCGAGACCAGCAAUUCAUGCUAGCUGAAGCAACCAAGUCCGUGAAUUUGAAUGACGCAUCGGUACACGAUCGCCAUGAUCAGAUAUGGAUAGGAUCCACUGGAGGCCAAAAGGCCUGGAAUCUGUGUCAGGACACUGCUGCCUUGCCACCCUCCGAUCGCGAAAAUGCGAAUUACGAAUUCCUUGCGGUCAAUGAUUUGAGCGAACAUGAUCGAUACAAGCGCCUGCCUUUCGUCGAAAACGAACCCAAGUUCAGAUUCUAUGCUGGGACGCCUUUAACCACCGAUAAGAACAUCAAUUUGGGCUGCCUUUUUGUGCUGGACACCAACCCGCGUGAUGGAUUGACUGCAUUGGAGAAAGACACGCUGGGCUCUUUGUCAAUGCUGAUCUUGGAUUACAUGAGGAUUUGUCGCCAAGCUUCCGAGGGCCGCCGAGCUGCGCGGUUAUCAAGAGGAUUGAGCUAUUUCGUGGAGGGUAGCUCGAGUUUUGUAGAUACAGCCGAUCCUUCUCGGGCCGAUAGUACUGGCCCGUUCUCUGCGGGCACACCCUCGAGCUAUAAUCGCGUUAGUACGUUCGGUGACUCUCGUGAGGGACACAGUGCAGAUCGUGGAUCUCAAAGUGGAUCGCGUGAAAGCGCACACCACACGACAUCAGAUAGUCCACACAACGCGCGAUCUAUCAGCAACGGGGGACAAUCAAUCAGCUCCGAUGCCUCGGAAACAAAGCUCGAAACAGGAACGUCUGCCGCUGCGAGCUCUCUGCCGGAAUGGGUAACCAGUAGUAGCCGCAAUCGACUGCCUCCGGACGACUCUCAGGGAAAUUCUUGGUGUUUCUGCCGUGCCGCGAACCUUCUCCGUGAGAGUCUGGAUCUAAGCAGGGACGGUGGUGUUGCGUUCUUCGAGGCGAGCAACAAUCCUUUAACCGACAUGGAUAGCGGAACUGAUACCUCAUCUGAUUCGAGUGGACCCGCCACGAUCCUAUCAUUAUCUACCCACGAUGAGCCAUUUUCUUUCAGCCAACAAGGGGCCUCUGUUAAUACACCUGUUGCCAAUCUCGAUCGAUCAUUUUUAUCUAUAUUGCUUCGACGAUAUCCCAAAGGCAAGCUUUGGUCUUUUCACCGAGAUGGCCAGAUAACAACCUCCGAUGAUGACGAUGAGCAAGGUCCCCGUUACUGGGGAUCACCUGGUCCAAAUCGCUCCAACGAGGCCUACUCAGCAGCUGCAGUCUCGAAAACGGUAGCUAAGCGACGAAAAGCUGCGGAGAAUACGUUGCUCAAUAAAUACUUUCCCAGUGCUACCCAAAUUAUUUUUGUGCCUCUAUGGAACGCUGUCAACUCUCAGUGGUUCUCAGGGUGUUUUUGUUGGACCACUGUGGAGACGCAAGUCUUCACAUCAGCCGUAGAGCUUAGCUCCGUUCUUGGUUUUGGAUCGUCGGUGAUGGCAGAGUACAGCCGGGUCGAGUCCCUCAUUGCAGAUAGGCAAAAAGGAGACUUCAUUGGGAGCAUUUCACACGAGCUUCGAAGCCCGCUUCAUGGUAUUUUGGCCGCGGCUGAGUUUCUGAACGGGACUCAACUCAGUGAAUUUCAAGAUUCUUUGCUCGAAACGGUAAACGCCUGUGGCAGGACCUUACUGGACACCAUGAAUCAGGUGCUUGACUUUAGCAAGGUUGUCUCACUUGAGCGAACCUGGAAGUCCAUGAAAAAAAGGAAGGAGUCACCACUUGAUUUCAAAGGCACUGACAAGCUUGCUUCCCAUUUGGACAGCUAUGUUGCUACGGAUCUCGCUAUCUUGGCCGAAGAAGUCGUAGAGGGUAUUUGUUUAGGCCACGCAUAUGGACAGAACUCGAGCGCGGCUGCUGAUAUCCCAGUCCUCUUAUCGCACAAUGGCCCCAAGGUUCAGUCUCCUUCAAACGUGGAUGUGAUCAUCGAUGUGGCGCAACGUGAUUGGGUUUAUCGAACUCAACCGGGCGCUCUUCGCCGGAUAAUCAUGAAUUUAUUCGGAAAUGCCAUGAAGUACACCGACCAAGGACGGGUGACACUUAGCCUUGGAGCCUCGAGCCAUUCAGAAGGCCGCUCUAGACGGCAAGGCCUAGAGGACCUCGUAACAUUGACCGUUUCCGACACUGGAAGAGGGAUUUCGGAAGAAUUUUUGCGCGGUCGGCUUUACACACCUUUCGCUCAAGAGGAUUCGCUUGCCGUGGGAACCGGAUUGGGGCUUUCCAUUGUCCGCAGUUUGGUCAAGGCUCUAAAUGGACACAUCCGUGUCCGUAGUCGCCCUAGCGAAGGUACCGUUGUGCGGGUAUCUCUGCCGCUUGCUAGGCCUGUAGGCGAGGAGAGCCCACCUGUUGACCCACACGCGUUUAACAUGCAACAAAGGGAAAUUCUCACACAAACAAUGUUUCUCCGUGAAGGAUACCCCGAUAAGAAAGUUGCUAUUUGGGCUACCGAUCCAUCCAACAUGACAGAACCUUGGAUCGAAAUUGCACGGUACAUGACCGAGUGGUUCGGCUUGGAAAUCGUCAGUUGGCCACCUUCAGUAACAAUCGACAUUUUGCUUGUGCAGGAGUCAGACCUACCUGAAUUGCGGAAUGGGAUGUCCGCCACACUCCCAGCCCUUCUCAUUCUAUGCCACAGGUCGGUUGACUAUAGCAUAGCACGUUCUGAAUGGUCACCUCUAUCCUCGUCUGUUGACAUCAUUCGACGCCCAUGUGGACCACACAAGCUGGCCCGGAGUAUCCUAAGGUGUCUUCAGCAUGGCCAGCCCGCCGUUAUAACUCCAAUCUCUAUAUUGCAGGAUCCGAUGGAUCUGCCUAUCCGAAGUGCACCCGCUUCCACCGUAGUUGGCUCUCCUAGGAUUUCACCUGUCGUGUCUCCUGCCCCAACAGAAAUCAUUCACUCGGAGGCCAAUGGCAGUAGUCCAGUGUCUGCUGAGGGUAUUUCCCCAGUGUCACCUUCAGUCAUCACUGCACCACCGGAGGCGAUAGUCGCUGCUUCACUACCGGCGCCGUUGGUAGAAACCGGCGUGCCUCCGUUGCGAGCAUCGCGUGUCUUGGUCGUCGACGACAAUCGCAUCAAUCUCAAUCUCAUGAUUACGUUCAUGAAGAAGCGCAAACUGACCGAUUUAAUGGCCGCGGAGAACGGCAAGUUGGCCGUUGAAGCGGUCGAGCAGGCGCAACAUGGCUUUGAUAUCAUCUUCAUGGACAUGUCAAUGCCCGUCAUGAACGGGUUUGAGGCUACUCGAGCUAUUCGAUCGAUGGAGAGAGAAGAAGACGGUCGCGGGCCGGCCGUCAUCAUCGCCUUGACUGGUUUGAGUAGCUCUCGUGAUGAGUCCGAGGCUCUGGCAUCUGGUGUGGACAUGUUCCUCACCAAGCCAGUAUCUUUCAAGGAAGUGUCCCGGCUUCUUGACGAAUGGGAAAAAAAUGGAUUGAAAAACGAGCGAAAGGCAGGCAACUAA